AUGAUGUCAGAGCUGAGUGAUGAAGCCAGCGAAUCGGAGCUCCUGAACCGCAGCCUGUCCAUGUGGCAUGGGGUAGGCCAGAUGAUCUGUCGAGAAGAGCUGGAUGUUCCACUGGACCUACACACAGCGUCCUCCAUUGGCCAGUAUGAGGUGGUGCAGGAGUGUAUUCAGUGUGGGGAACUGGAUUUAAAUAAGAGAAACUGUGGUGGCUGGACCCCGCUGAUGUACGCCUCCUACAUCGGGCAUGAUACCAUCGUGCAUCUGCUGCUGGAGGCGGGAGUGAAUGUGAACGUCCCGACGCCGGAAGGGCAGACCCCACUCAUGCUGGCCUCCAGUUGUGGCAAUGAGAGCGUUGCCUACUUCCUCCUCCAGCAAGGCGCAGAGCUGGAGAUGAAGGACAUUCAUGGCUGGACUGCCCUCUUCCACUGCACCAGUGCUGGACACCAGCAGAUGGUCAAAUUCUUACUGGACAAUGGGGCGAACGCCAACUGCAAGGAGCCUGUGUAUGGAUAUACACCUCUGAUGGAAGCAGCUGCCUCUGGCCAUGAGAUAAUUGUCCAGUAUCUUCUCAAUCAUGGCGUGAAGGUGGAUGUGAGAGAGAACACGGGAGCCACGGCACGGACUCUGGCCAUGAAGUAUGGACACAUGAAGAUCGUGGGGCUGAUGGAUCUACAUGCAGCCCCCAUGCCCAAAGUCUUCUGCAGGGGCCCAGGAAAAUACUGUGAAGAUCUGAGCUCCUCAGAUGAAUCGUGCUCCACUCCCCAGAGACAGAGACCAGUCCGUAAGACCAAGGGCCCCAGUAUCCAUGAGGGGCCCCAGGCUUUGGCUAAGAUAACAGCUGUCGGAAUUGCAGGGAAGAAGCAGUCUCGCUGUGAGCAGGUCCCUCCGCAGGGCUACGUUACGUUCAGUGACAAUGGCAGCUUUGAAGGGGAGGAUCUCCGGUUCCGGGAUGUCACCUCUCCAAUCAACGAGCAAGACGUGGAAAGUAGCAGCAGCAGGGAAGAGAAUGCUUUCUUCACCAACAACUUGGACACCAUCAGGAGCAGCAGCAGCAGCAGCGAGUGUCUGCCCAAAGCCCUGGGGAUCAGCAGUGAGGGCUCCCUGGAGAGCAAUGAGGACUCUGACCAUGCGGAAAAGCUCUCUAGUCGGAAACAGGCUAAAAGCUACGUGAAGAUCAAGACCCGGUACAGCAACAGUGACAGCCAGUGGUCUCAGAGCCCAGGCAAAGCUGGGGUGUCUAGUCAGCACUGUACGCUCCCUAACCCAGAGGCCACCACCUACACAGGACCCCAGGACCUGGCAACAUUCCUGGAGCAGAUCGGGUGUCUGAAGUACCUCCAGGUGUUUGAGGAGCAGGACAUCGACCUCCGGAUCUUCCUGACCCUCACAGAGAGUGAUCUCAAGGAAAUAGGCAUCACCCUGUUCGGGCCUAAGCGAAAGAUGACUUCUGCCAUUGCUCGAUGGCACAGCAAUGCCAGGCCUCCCAGCGAUGCCCUAGAGCUGGCCUAUGCAGAUCGGCUGGAGGCGGAAAUGCAGGAGAUGGCCAUUCAGCUGCACAAGAGGUGCGAGGAAGUGGAAGUGAUGAAGGGCCAGGUGUCCCAAGAGCAGGAGCUGCGGGCAGUGGUCGAAAGCUGCUUGAUGGAGCGGGACGUGGCUUGGAAUGAUGUCCAGAUCCAGCUGCGGGAGGCCCAGGCUAUCACUAGGGACGCUGGGGUCCUGCUAGAGCAAAUGAAAGCCUGUCAGGCGGAGCUAUGUUCCCGGCUGAAGCAAGGGCACCUGACUGGCAGGAUGCUGGAGACCAAGGCACGGCUGGGAGCUGGUGAGGACAGAUGGCCCGAGGGAGAAGGUCUAGAAGGAGGGUCAGUUUCCUUGAAGUCCCUGAGCCUGCCUGAGCUGUCAGCUUUCCUGGAGGAGCAUGUGGGAGAUAUGGGAAUUCUGACGUCGGGUGAUGGUUCCACCCGGAAGCUGAGUGCCUGGGAGAACGAGCGCAAGGCUGGUCCGCCAGCACGGCUCCUCUGCUGAGAGCGCCGAGGAGGCAGGCGGGCGCCUGGAGAAGGGGGUCCGCCAGCUGGGGACUGCAGAGGACGAGGAGUCAAGUGGGCAGGCGGCCUCGGCUGGGCUGAUCUCCGGGUUCCUGUCACAGACGGUUUGCUUUCCCUGCCCAAGGGUUAGAGUGUUAAGAGCUGAAGCAUCGGGACUAAUUGGCCUCUAGCUGCCCAUGGAGAGACUGCCUCAGUUUCACUUAAUGCUGCCUGAUAUUUUUACAGAGCCAACCCUUGUCUGUAGCAGUCAGAUUCCCUUAUGCCCCUCCCCACCACAACCCCUCGUAACUUGUUCCCUCCGUUUGGUCUCUGCCCGCGGGCUGACCCAGCAAACGUGUGACACACAGAGCAAAGGCCAGCACAGUGGUGGCUGGUGGGGUGAGAUCCAGGGCUUUGGAAAUGGGAGAGUCCUGCAGUUCAGUGGGCUGGGCCUCCCCUUUGAGACAGGAUCAAACAGCCCCAAGCUGCAGCCCUCGUAGGAUCUGGGAGAUUGAACAUAGCGGGCUCUGCAGCUCUAGCCUGUGGAGAGCUCCC